GUGGCAAAGUUGCAAGAUUUGUUGCAAUGGCUUUAGCUUUUAGAAUAGCAACACAAUCUAUCGGGCUUUCAUUAUCUUUGCUGGGAUGGGUUUUAUCCAUUAUUACAACUUACUUGCCACACUGGAAGAACCUCAACCUGGACUUAAAUGAAAUGGAAAAUUGGACCAUGGGACUCUGGAAAACCUGCGUCAUCCAGGAGGAAGUGGGGAGGCAGUGCAAGGACUUUGAUUCCUUCCUGGCUUUGCCGGCUGAACUCAGAAUCUCCCGGAUUUUAAUGUUUCUGUCGAACGGGCUGGGGUUCCUGGGCCUGCUGGUCUCGGGGUUUGGCCUGGACUGUUUGAGAAUUGCAGACAGACAGCAGGAUCUCAAGAAGCGACUGUUAAUCCUGGGAGGAGUUCUGUUCUGGACCUCGGGAGUCACAGCCCUCGUUCCAGUCUCCUGGGUUGCCUACCUGACAGUUCAGGAGUUCUGGGACGAGACCAUCCCAGAGAUUGUUCCCAGGUGGGAGUUUGGGGAAGCCCUCUUUACUGGCUGGUCUGCUGGCUUUUCUCUUCUGCUAGGAGGGUGUCUGCUCCACUGUGCAGCCUGUUCCACCCCAGCCCCUGGAGCUUCUGGCCACUAUGCAGUGGCAGAAAUGCAAACUCGGUGUCCAUAUCUAGAAAAUGGAACUACAGAUCCUAAAGUGUAGGUUGCCGACAAGGCCAGUCAUCUUCUGUACCACCUAUGAUGACAAAAGGGUCUUUGUUAAGUAACUAAAUCUGUGCUGCUCAUAUUUUCU